GACGAGCGGAACCGCUGGAGUGAGUAGUGCCGAGCCCGGGACUGGUUUGAUGGUCGCUCAAGAUGGCGCUGCUGAGACUGGGGACCCGUUCGUGCGCCGAGAAAAUUUAUGAGGAUGUUGCCUGGUCUGGAAAACCUGUGUUAUAAGGAAAGAUUGAAAAGUUGUAAGGAACAGUCUGAAUAAUUUGUACGCUCAUCCCUCGUGGCAAUGGCAGUCAACUUCAGCAGCAGCAACAGAACAGGUGGCUAUGAAGGAAAAUCCUCAACUAAGAGAACGAAAACCCAAGACUGGCAUCCUCAUGUUGAACAUGGGUGGCCCUGAAACAUUAGAUGAUGUUCAUGAUUUCUUGCUUCGGCUUUUCAUGGAUAAGGACCUUAUCCCCCUUCCAGCCCAAAGUAAACUUGCUCCUUUUAUCGCAAAGCGUCGUACUCCAAAAAUUCGUGAGCAGUAUGACAGGAUUGGUGGAGGGUCUCCAAUUAAAAAGUGGACAGCCAUGCAAGGAGAUGGCAUGGUAAAACUGCUUGAUGAAAUAUCUCCAGAAACAGCACCGCACAAAUUUUACAUUGGCUUCCGAUACGUUCAUCCAUUAACGGAAGAAGCAGUAGAGGAGAUGGAGAAAGAUGGGAUUGAGCGAGCCGUGGCAUUUACACAGUAUCCUCAGUAUAGCUGUUCUACCACAGGGAGUAGUUUAAAUGCAAUUUAUCGAUAUUAUAAUAGCAAGAGCAUUGCACCAAAGAUGAAAUGGAGUACUAUAGACAGGUGGCCAACACAUCCCUUAUUAAUUCAGUGUUUUGCAGAUCAUAUACGGCAGGAACUUGAUCGAUUUCCACCGGACAAAAGGGCUGAUGUAGUUAUUUUGUUCUCUGCUCAUUCAUUGCCUAUGUCUGUAGUGAAUCGAGGGGACCCCUACCCUCAGGAAGUGGGAGCAACCGUUCAAAGAGUCAUGGAAACACUAAAUUUCAGUAACCCCUACAGGCUGGUGUGGCAGUCCAAGGUCGGCCCUAUGCCAUGGCUUGGCCCUUCGACAGAUGAUACGAUCAAAGGGUUAUGUGAGAGGGGAAAGAAAAAUUUACUGCUGGUCCCCAUAGCCUUUACUAGCGAUCAUAUUGAAACACUCCAUGAACUUGAUAUAGAAUACGCUCAACUUUUAGCCAAUGAGUGCGGCGUGGAGAAUAUUAGGCGAGCUGAAUCACUAAAUGGGAAUAAGCUUUUCAUUAAGGCUCUGGCAGAUCUGGUAAACACUCAUUUAAAAUCAGCAGAAACUUCUUCCAAGCAGUUGAGUCUACGGUGUCCACUUUGUGUUAAUCCAGUGUGUAGAGAAACCAAGGCAUUUUUUGCCCAUCAGAAACUCUGAAUUGGUACUCAUCGGUUCUACGUUGUUCUGUCCUUCAAGGCUUGCAAUUAAAUGGCCACUAUGAUUUUUAUAUACUUAGGUCAAAUAGGUUGGUUUCAUUUUUGAAGUUGUAUCCUUUAUACCUCUGCAGAAAACAUCUGCUCAUUACUGCAAUUAUGUGACGAUGCAGUGUUUGUCUCAAGCCAUGGUAUGUAGAUAAAGAUGCUGAACUUACCAGCCCUAUACUUUUUUUUCCACUUCAAUUCUAUUGAGCACAGGAAAAAAAGGAAUAGUUGAAUGUGAGUUUCAAAAGUUUAUUUCCUUCUGUACCAUUAAGCGAAGUUUUGAAUACAAUUCAUUUUAGUAAAGACUUGUUUAAUGAAUCCAUGUAGUUAUGAGCAAAAAUGUUUAAUAUUCACAUGCUUAAUUUUUCAGACCUCAUGUACUUGAGUUAAACUCUGCUUAAACUCCAUUACUCAUUUAAAGCCACUUCAUUUAAGCUACCUAUCAGCAAUUAAACCUUUUAAUAUAAACAACCUACCAUUCAAAAUCUACAUGCUAAAGUGAAGUGAACAGAUUUGAGUGUGUGAAUAGAUGGUAAAAUAACUUCUGUGUAUAGACCAGCUUUGCUUAAAAUUUAACCAGAUAUGAGGAGUGUGGUCAAUUUAACAUGUUUGAAUAUCAAAGCCAAACUUCUGAAAUCUUUUUGUACAUUAUUGUGUGAAUGGAGCAAGCAUUUGUCUAGUGACACAUAAUCUAAAAGAUGAUGGCCCAGCUUACCCAUUUGGCGGCUGCAUGUGUAGGAAUUGACAUGCAGCCUGCAAAUACAGAUCAGCUUUGACUUCAUACCAUGAAUCUUGUGAAGACCUUUCACCUGGUCUCCAUUGGCUCCAUUUUCUUUAUUAUUAUUGUCUUUUUCCCUCUCCUUUGCUGUCCUCCUUGUUACAUCACUACCUAUGAAAAUCCUGUUCCAAGAAAAAGCAAGAUUCAAUGUUAAUGUAUGUUGAUUCUUUUUCUAUACUGAAUCAUCUCUUUAGAGUAAGAAUUUCUUUUUCACUACAAUAUUCUCACUACAGAUAUUAUUGUGUGUGUUGAAACCUAUGAUGAGAAAUGUGCACAGUCAUACUUGCAUAUACUGGAAAAUGAGCAAAAAUGACGUGACAGCUCAGUCUGUCUUGUGAAGCACAUCCACUGCAGAUGGUGCAUGUUGAAAUUUGUGUUUAUCUUCAUCAUGACAUGUAACAGGAGCAAUAAACUGCUGCAGAAUACAGUAAAGCUGAUUAGGGCAACAUUCAUACCGGAGAAAAGAUAUUACUGGGACUAAUAUUGAGCAUAAAUUAGAAAAAAUACUUCAUGCUCGAGACCUACCUCAUCAUCUUUUCCCCCUGUGAAACAACUCAUGAUGCAUGUCAUUCAGAUAAUGUGGGUAUGAAAAUGUUGUUCAGGUACACAGUGAGAUUGUACUAUAUCAUCAUCCUUUAAUAACAUGUGGUUCAUUAGUUCAUGAUUAUAUUUUGUUUUAAUUGGCAGUGAUCUACCAGAGUUGCUUAUUUUAUUCACCAGUGAUAGAUGCUGUAUUUUCAUUGGUAGCAACUCUACCAGUUUACACCAUAAGACUUAGGCGCAGAACUAGGCUAUUUAGCCCACCAAGUCUGCUCUGCCAUUUCAUCAUGGCGGAUUUAUUUUUCCUCUCAACCCCAUUCUCCCCAUUGCCUUUAUUACCUUUACUAAUCAAAAACCUAUCAACCUUCUAUUUAAUAUACCCAAUAAUUUGGCCUCCACAGCCACCACCUUCUGGCUGAAGAAAUUCCUACCCAUUUCUGUUCUAAAGGGACAUCCUCCUGAUCCGAACAGUAACAGCAAGUUGCUCUUGCUUUGCCUACUGGUUAAUGUGGAUCUACAAUAGCAGGCUAGAGUGCAAACCCUCACUGAUCUGUUGACUUGUACAAGCAGAGAGUUGUGGAGGUGUGGAACGCGCUGCCUCAGAAGGCAGCGGAGGCCAGUUCUCUGGAUGCUUUCUAGAAGGAGCUAGAUAGGUAUCUUAUGGAUAGGGGAAUCAGGGGUUAUGGGGACAAGGCAGGAACCGGGUAUUGAUAGUAGAUGAUCAGCCAUGAUCUCAGAAUGGUGGUGCAGGCUCGAUGGGCCGAAUGGUCUACUUCUGCACCUAUUGUCUAUUGUCAGAGUUUAUAGGCAUUGAGCAAAGAACUCUUGAAUUCAGUCUUUAAGAAGAACUGUGCAGAAAAAACGUUCACCAUUUGGCCUUUUAGCAGAUGCAAGCUGGCUGAAAGCUCUGCAGUUUUUCCCAACCCCUGCUUAUGCGCUCUUAUAAUCUGAUAAUCUUGCAUUUUCCAUUUCAAAUAUUUAUCCAAAACCUUUUGAAAGUUGCUGUCGAUUCUGCCUCAGUUCACCCCUUCAAGCAAUGCACUUCAGAUUAUCAUAGCUCACCACAUUUAAGAAUAAUUCUUUCCCAGUUUGUCUACAAUUAUUUUAUCCAAUAGUGUUACGUCUGUGUCUUCUCACUACUGACUUGGUAAAUAGUUUUGCCUUAUUUGCUUUACCAUUUGUUUGGAAAAGUAUGUCUUGGUUGAUUAAUUCACCCAAUGCUUUUACACCAGCCAAGGGAAUAGUAUAGGGGAUGGUAUGGUAGUGUAGCUGUUAGCAAGUUACUUUACAGCGGCAAGCAAUCACUGAUUGGGGUUCAGUUCCUGCUGCUGCCUGUAAGGAGUUUGAAUGCUCUCCCCGUGACCACAUGGAGUUUCAUCUGGGUGCUCCAGUCUUCUCCCAGUAAAUCCUCUGGGUUAGGUGCAGUGAGUUGGCAUGCUUUGUUGGUGCCAGAAGCGAGACUUGCAGGCUGGCCCCCAGCAUUAUCCUCACUAAUUUGAUUUGACACAAAUAGCACAGUUCACCAAAGGUUUCGAUGUACAUGUGAUAAAUAAAGCUAACCUAUUUAAGUUGUCAUAUUUUAGUGUGUGUAUAUAUAAUAUAUCCCAGAGGUUAGCAUGGUAGUUAUUACUAUUAGUGUUGUAUUUAUUGUAAUGCACUGCACAGUUACUGUUGCAGAAAGCUAUCUUUCAUGGCAUUUGUACCCUAGAUAUAUACACAUAUGAAAAUAAAACUUUUAACAAAAUCAUUCAGCAUAUUUAUUUCUAACCUCCCCUUAACCUUUGCAAGGACAAAAAUCCAGGCUUUUCUGACCACUGUACAAAUUGAAAUGCUAUACUCAUCCCUGGAACCAUUUCACUGUUUUUGAAUCCCUUCCAAGUCUAUGACAUUUUCCUAAACCCUAUUGUGUCUAUCAUUGGACACAGUGCUCCAUCUGAAGCCUAAUCAGCAAUUGUAAUGAUUUAGAACAACCUACUUGUGCAUAUGCUGUCUGCCUCUGUUUAUGAAGACCAAUGUCUGGUUUGCUUCAACAGCUUGAACGUUUCAACUUUUAUUUUUUUUUUAAACAAAGAUUUUGUACAUAUAAACUGUCUUUGUUUUUGCAACCCCCUUAAAUUUAAUAGUAAAUUUUAGAAUUAUGCUCUAUUAUUAGGAUAUUACUGGACCACAAGUAAAAGAUUAAAAAUGAAAGCUUAACUUUAUUUGUCACAUGUACAUCGAAACAUACAGUAAAAUGCAUUGUUUGUGUCAACAGCCAACUGUCUUGCGAUGUACUGGGGGCAGCCCUCAAGUGUUGUCUUGCUUCUGGUGCCAAUAUAGUAUGCCCACAAGUUACUAAUCCUAACCCAUAUUAGUAACUUGUGUAGAAAUGUGGGAAAAUUCUAAAACACUUGGAGGAAGCCCACAUGGUCACAGGAAGAAUGUACAAACUCCUUACAGACAGUGGCGGGAAUUGAACCCAUAUCCUCCAAUUGCUGAUGCUGUAGUUAAGCCCAAUGUUAUCUUGUCAGUUAUACAUUUUAAUAUAAUUGCUUCUUCACUCCAUUCUCUCCCUUUGGCUGGUGUAAAGUCCAUGUCACUAUUUCAGCAAGAGUGUAAGGCAUAGGAUUUACAAGUCUAUCAUAAAGUACCUUUACAAACAACGUUUGUGAGUGUAUAUAAAGAUGUGUAACUUUAAUGUUACACACUAAUUGCCUUGUCAUAAUUAAUCCAUUUAUUUUUUAAAAGUCAUUUCUAUCAAGAACGGGAAUGUCAGUUGUUUUUUUUAAAUCAACAUAUGUCUUCCAUAACAUUUCCUUAAAGGGUGUAUGUUCUUCCUUGAACCAAUUCCUCAUUUUUCCAAAGAUUUGCAGAGUAUUUGGUGCCAAUCGCAUGUCGAUUUUUCUCUGUUAAAAUUGGAAAAUAAAGUCUAGGUGGGAUUUCUGAUCCAGGUUUCUUGCUGUAAUAUUAACAAACUUGCUCGGGUGGCCCUUGCUCUUUCUAUAGAAUCUGAAUUGGCCUCUUUAGGCAAAUUACAAAUCAUUAAAUUACUGAAUUUUUUUAAGCAUUCAGGAACCAUCUAGUUAAGACACUGAAAAGAUGCGUUAAAAUGCUAGGCAAUUAAUACUUUCAGAUACACAAAAGUA